AUGGAAGCCAUGGAUGAUGAUCAAGAAAAGUUUUUGAAUCUUAGCCUCGCAAUUGUGGCAGAUUCAGGUGGUCAUGAUCAGAGGAAAAGGAAGAGAAGAAGAAUGGAUAGUCUAAGCCCUAUCGCUAUGAGCAUAAAUAACAAUUCAUCAUAUGAUCAUGAAGCUUGUGAAGGGACGAUAUUUAGGCUUCUCCAAAUGAGAGAACAAAUGCUCAAACUAGAUCACCAUAAGAAGAAAAUGCCAACAUUUGAACAAGGAAAUAAUGACGGACUCCAUUUGAUCCAUCUCCUCCUCAUAACCGCCACCGCCAUAGGCGAAAACGACACCGUCUCAGCCUUGGAGAAUCUCAACGAGCUCUACAAAGGCGUCUCCUUGAACGGCGACUCAGUUCAAAGAGUUGUGGCCUAUUUUGCCGACGGUCUGGCGGCGAGGCUCCUCACUCGAAAAUCACCCUUUUUCGACAUGAUCAUGAAGGAACCGACAACGGAGGAAGAGUUCUCGGCCUUCAUUGAUCUCUACAGGGUUUCUCCCUACUACCAAUUCGCUCAUUUCACCGCGAACCAAGCGAUAAUCGAGGCGUUCGAGAAGGAAGAGGAGAGUAACAACCGAGCUUUGCACGUGGUCGAUUUCGAUAUCUCCUACGGAUUUCAAUGGCCUUCUCUUAUGCAGUCUCUCUCUGAAAAGGCUACCGGCGGUAACCGGAUAUCUCUCCGGAUAACCGGGUUCGGAAGAAGCCCCGAGGAGCUGCAGGAAACGGAGAACAGGCUCGUUAGCUUCUCCAAAGGGUUUCGGAAUCUCUCUUUCGAUUUCCAAGGUUUGUUAAGAUCAUCAUCGUCAGGUAGUACUGGUAGUACUAAUUCUAAUAAGCAAAGAAUCAAGAAAAGGAAUAACGAAACAGUUGCGGCGAAUUUAGUGUUCCAUUUGAACACUUUCGAAAACAAUUCAAAGAUAUCCGAGACAUUAAAACUGGUGAAUUCACUCAACCCUUCAAUAGUGAUCUUGGUUGAACAAGAAGACAGCAGAAGCGCUCGGAGUUUCUUGUCGAGAUUCAUGGAGUCUCUUCACUAUUUCGCGGCGAUGUUCGACUCCUUAGACGACUGUCUUCCGCUCGAGAGCGCCGAGAGAUUGAGCAUUGAGAAGAACCACCUUGGCAAACAGAUCAAAACCAUGUUGAAUUAUGAUCAUGACAAUGAUCAUGAUGAUGGAUCAGAAAAUUGUCCAAAACAUGAGAGAUUUGAGACAUGGAAAGAGAGAAUGGAGAAGCAUGGAUUUGGAGGGGUUAGAAUAAGCUCAAAAUCCAUGAUACAAGCAAAGCUUCUUUUGAAAAUGAGGACACAUUAUUAUUCUCCAGUACUCCAGUUUGAUGGGGAUAAUAGUAAUAUAAAUAUUGGUGGGGGUGGAUUUAAAGUUUUUGAAAGAGAUGAGGGAAGGGCUAUUUCUUUAGGGUGGCAAAAUAGGUAUCUUCUUACAGCUUCUGUAUGGCAAUGUUCAUCAUGA